GGGUUCUUUCUUAUCGUAUUUGACAAUAGUGUGCAUAAAUUUCCUCAUAUGGUCGAUAUUGCUUUUGGAAGUAUGUAAAUGAAGCUAGUUUGAUAACCAUAUUCCCAUAGAAAUUCAUUUGAGGAAUCAGUUUGCUCAAAACAAACAUGCUAAGAUUUUUUUUUUACGAUGGAGAAUCUUUAUGCAGUAUGAAUGAUCAGUUACAAAGAAAAAUCAAAGGAAACAAGCGUACGAAGCAAAACAACAAGCGAUUGAAACACAAGCCGUGCUAGAACGAUACAAUGUGAAAGAGCAAAGCAGAGAAUGUGGACCAACCACCAAAAGAUCAAAACACUUGGUCCAAAAACAGAGCAUCCAGAAUCUCUCUAGUAACCAACUCAAACAUAGUGGCAACAAGAUCAAACUCAGCCAGUCCGAUCACACCGAACUCCAUGGCAAGGAAAACAACAAUACCAUUAGCCGCCUCUUGGGGAUAGCUCAAAGACUUCCAUCAAAGUGAACCUUGAAGACAAGAUUGCAUGGCGGUGGAUAGGAAUGGCAAUGGGGCAGGUCCGGGGCGGGUUUCUUGGUACCCAGACUCGCCCCGUGGCAGGUCGGGUCCAGGUCGGAAAAUUUAUCACGGGUCGCGGGUCGGGACAGGUCGACCCAAUGGGUAUGCAAUUUAUAUGAAAAACAUUAGAAAUAUUCGUUAUUUUUAUUAUAAGACCCAGAAAACAAACAACAUUAUGAUAAGUUUAGUUAAAUUAUUGGAGAAAUUGAGGUUCUCACUAAUUUACAACUUUAUUAUAGCUAAAAUAUGAUGUAAUAAAAGGAAAAUCUUAAGUAAUUUAACUAACAUUACAAGUAAUUUAGGCAAGAAUGGGUCAAGAAUGGGACGGGUCAGGGCAGAUCGGGUCGAUGAGAGUACCCAUGCCCGCCCUGCCCCGCCGAGGAAGGGAUGUAAAGCGGAUUGUACCGAGCUGAAGAGGCAGGGAGCCGAGGAAGAAAGAACAAGUCCAAGAGAACAGAUGGUCUGGCCAGAGCCACCACUCACCGAGGAGAACACCGAAAAGUCCACCGCACCCAACCGAAGAAGACUCCACCUUCACCGAUCUAGCGACCUACCGAGCAGCAGAUCUACCGUCAGAGGAAGACAAAAAGGGAAAGCAAAGAAUGACCAAGAUAUGAGGAAGGGCCACCAGAUUAGGGGAAUCCAUAAAAUGGAUUGAGACUCCAAGAUCGCAAUCUCCAGCUUCCAAGAAGGGAAAGCCCAGAACAGAAACCCUUGAACUGAACCGAAGAUCGCAAAUCUCAACUUGAAAGGGAAGAAAUAUGAAGGCUACAACGACAGGAAAAAUGGAAAGAACCUGAAAAUCCGAGGGAAAAAUGCCCUGAACAGUGGCAAAAGAAGGGCGAGCAAGGAACGAAGAUUUAAAGAGCAAAGGGAGACAGUUGGGUUGCCGCCGGUCACCAAUAGGAGCCGCCGGCAGUCCCUAAAAUCGGAACCUAGAUCUGAAAGUUAGAGAGAAGGGGAGCGUUAUUUUGAAAUUAAAGUUAGAGAGAUGUGUGGUGCGGUGGCGUGAUUCAACAUGUUAAGAUUAUUGAGAAUUUUAAAGAGGUUCUCUUCCCUAUUCUCGCUGGAAAGCAAGAUCAGCCGACUUAUAUUCCCUGUCGUGUGCGAAAAAACCGCUCUGAAAGAGUUUGUCAAGGCACGGGCAUGAACAUCCCUCUGGUCGUCACGAACCCGCCGCCGCCAAAUUCACAAUCUUCAUCAAUCCUCCGCCGGCGGGAUACUUCCCCCCAAAGAGUGACAGAGAAUUGAUUUGAUGGGCGAAUUAAACCGAUUGUCGAUCUACAUGCACGCCGCUUCCAAGGCUUACUCUAUGGGUUCUAUCUCUCUCUUCCCUGUUUUAAAAAGAAGUUUUCCUCUUAGUUUUACUUAGAAUGUCCUUACUAUUUUUACAAUAGCUCAGAUUUCAGUUUCAUGUUCGCCUCACCCUUUCUUUUCAUUUUGAUUUUUUUCGAUGGUUUGGUUCCCUACUUUAACUCUAAUUGUUGUUUUUGCUUCAAUUUAGUCUUUUAGGGGUCUCUUUUAAGCUUUGCAAUAUUAAGAUUCACCUAAGUUUUUUAUGGUUAACCUUCCUUCACUUCUACUUGUUAUUGCACUUUGCAUUUAUUUUGGAGGUCUUCUUGUUUUUUAUUCCUCUAUUUGCUCUUUGGAUUUUGUUGAGUUUAUUUUGUUUUUCUGGUUUCCUGUGUUGGGUUUGAUUGAUGCAGGUUGAAAUAGGAGCUCCAUUAAUCCUCAUCCCUGAUUUCCGUCGCUGGAGGCGCUGCUGCCCACUGUCGUCGUCAGCCUUCACCGCUUGCUGAGGGACGCGUGGCGUAGUCUUAUCUCUAAAAAACGGCGAAGCCAAUUAUCGAGGCAUAAAGUGGAAGCGGUGGCUUCUGUCACUUGUUGAUCCUAUCAUUAUCCGACAAGGUUGUCAACCCGCGAGUUGAUCCGGACCCGGUCGAGCUAGUGGGUCAAGGGUUAAUUGGUCAACCGUUUUAGCCCGUUUGGUCCAGAAAUAUAGAAAAAGUCAUUAUAUUGUACUUAUCCUCAUAAAUUAUAUUAAAUCUUAUCUAACAUAUGACUUAUAACAUAUAAUAUUACACCAAAAUAACAUAUCGUACUUAGAUCCAACAUAUAGUGAAAAUUCACACACACUUAUAUAACAUAAAUAUUCAAAUGUUCAACUUAGAAUUCCAAAAAUUGAGUUAGGCGAAAAGAAAAAUCGGAAAAUAGGCACAUUUCGCAAACCAAAGAAAAAAAUGACACAAUUUGACCUCCAACCCGGUACCUUGUAGCGGUCGACCCGGCGGGUGCAUAUGGCCCAUUUUUCUCACCGGGUCAGGGUCAAAGUGGGUCGACCCGCGGGUUGACCCGCGGGUUGACAACCUUGUUAUCCGAAGAAAAGUGGGGGUGGUGGUUUUUGUAUGUUUUGAAGUUUUGGCAGUGAUCGGAAAAGCAAAGUGCCCCUCGGUCAAUUUUAUGGACUUUGGGCAGGCAGGGGUCUAGAUUUGUUUUGUUUUGCAGGAUUGGCUUUUGGCUUUGACGCACACCAGGUGGAUGGAUUAUUUCGGUGUGGCGCUGAAGUAUUUCAUUCAUGAAGAUGUUGCUUCAGCUGGUAUCCUUUUAUGUGAUUUCCUUGGGUUUUUCUAUUUUAUGGGUCUUAGUAUGAGCUUUGUCUCUAUUUUGUUUUUACAGGAGAAAGUGGUUUCGGCUUUUGACGACCUGAUGAACUGUUCUCACUCACUGUUCUCACUCGCUGCAUUCACUUUAACGUGCUAUAAAAUAAGAGAUGGAGAACAAAACAAGAACUAAAUUCUUCUCGUAGAAUACUUGUCAAUAAGCAAAUGUAUCUUUUCACCGGAAGUGAAAGAUGAAAUGAUUAUAAAUGAGGAUGACACAACAAUUCAUGUAGCAAAAGUCAUGAUCAUAUACCGUAACCUUCGUAUGGCUAAAUGUGUUACGAAACAUAUAUAUGUUGAUGUUAUUAUUAUUAUUAUUAUUAUUAUUAUUAUUAUUAUUACUACUACUUUGUAUGCUUUGGUGCUUAAUAGAUUAAUCAUCGUUGAAAAAUAGGAACAAUAGACUUCAUAAUCGGUGGAGAAAAACAUCGGCCGAAUCCGUAUUCUUUAGCCUUCAAAUCGAAAGAUAAUGACAUUUUGAAAAAAGCAUCCGAAAUUAGUGAUGGUACCUGCAUCAUUGUAUGGAAUCUGCCAAAAAUGGAUGCAAAAGAAAUCUGACCAAACUGGUGCUUAAUUGAGUUAACAAUCGGCGCAGAAUAGCCUCAGAAUGAAUCUGUGAUACGUAACCUUCAAAAUCAAAGGAAAAUGGUCUAAAAAAAAUCGCCAAAAAAUUACAAAAAUACAUCUGAAAUAAAUUCGGCCAAAUCAGUGCUUAAUGUACUUAAUCGUAAGUGGAGAAUAGGAUCAAUAGACUUCAUCAUAGGUGGAGAAUAACCUCGUAUUGAAUCCGUGAUCUGUAGCAUUCAAAAUCGAAAGAAAAUGACAUUUCUAAAAAAGCGACCAAAAAAUUACGAAAAUGGCAUCCAAAAAUAAAUCCACCCAAAUUGGUGCUUAAUUGACCUAAUCAUCGGUGUAGAAUAUGAUCAAUAGACUUCAUCAUCGAUGGUGAAUAUACUCGGGCUGAAUCCUUAUUCUGUAGCUUUCAAAAUGAAAAGAAAAUGACAUUUCGGAAAAAUCGCUCGAAAUUUGUGAUGGUACCCUGUGGAAUCUGCCAAAAAUGGACCCUUAAGAAAUCCACAUAAAUCGGUCCUUAAUAGACUUAUCAACAGUGAAGAAUAGUCUCAGGCUGAAUUCGUGAUCUGUAGCCUUCAAAAUCCACGGAAAUGGCAUUCAAAAUAAAUCUCCCACAAAAUUAUGAAAAUUAUAUCCGAAAAUAAAUUCGCCUAAGCUAAUCUUUAAUGGACUAAAUCAUCGGUGGAGAAUAAUAUCAAUAGACUUCAUCAUUGGUAGAGAAUAGCUUUGGACUGAAUUCGUGAUCUGCAACCUUCAAAAUCGAAAAAAAUGACAUUUUCGGGAAAAUCACCUAAAUUCUAUGAUAGGAUCAAUAGACUUCAUCAUUGGUAGAGAAUAGCUUUGGGCGGAAUUAGUGAUCUGCAACCUUCAAAAUCGAAAGAAAAUGACAUUUCGGGA